AACAAACGCCGAUUGCUCUGACACUUGAAGACCGACGAAUGUGAUUACGGUACACGAAGCAUAGUCUUCAAAGGGCGUUUAAUUUGUGAAACAUUCGUGAUAUUCUUUAAAAUUAAAUGAAUCUUGUGAUAAAAUUCUAGCAGUUGACCGGUUGUAUUGAGGGUUUGGCGUAAUUAGACGGGUAUCGAAUAGUAAUUUGGAAUAACGCACAACAAUGAGGUCUUUUGCAGUGUGGAGCACGGUACUGCUUCAGAUCGCAUUAGUUUUCUUGGUACAUGAAGUUUCUGCUGGCAGAGAUUUCUACAAAAUUUUAGGUCUGCGAAAAUCGGCCAACAAAAACGAAAUCAAGAAAGCAUACAGAAAACUUGCCAAAGAGCUUCACCCGGACAAGAAUCAAGAUGAUCCAGAUGCAUCGCAAAAAUUCCAAGAUUUGGGUGCGGCGUACGAAGUGCUUGCCGACGAAGAAAAACGCAAAUUGUACGAUCGAUGUGGUGAAGAAUGUGUCAAGAAGGAAGGUAUGAUGGAUAAUAGCGAUCCAUUUGCACAUUUUUUCGGUGAUUUUGGAUUCGGUUUUGGUGGUCAGGAACAGCGAGAAACUCCAAGGGGAGCUAACAUAGUUAUGGAUCUGUUCGUAACGCUGGAGGAACUGUUCAAUGGAAAUUUUGUUGAAAUUACACGAAAUAAGCCCGUGAUGAAACCGGCACAUGGAACGCGAAAAUGUAACUGUCGACAAGAGAUGGUAACGCGUAAUCUAGGCCCCGGACGUUUUCAAAUGAUGCAGCAAACUGUUUGUGAUGAGUGUCCCAAUGUAAAAUUGGUGAACGAGGAACGGACGAUCGAGAUCGAAAUUGAAGAAGGAAUGGAGGAUGGUCAGGAGACUAGAUUCUCUGGUGAGGGAGAGCCACACAUUGACGGCGAACCGGGUGAUUUAAUUUUGAAGAUUCGAACAGUUCCACAUCAGAGGUUUGAGCGACGAGGAGAUGACCUAUACACUAAUGUAACAAUUAGUUUGCAGGAUGCUCUGGUCGGGUUUACUCUAGAUAUAGAUCAUUUGGAUGGUCAUAAAGUGACUAUCACUCGUGAAAAGAUCACGUGGCCUGGAGCAAGAAUCCGAAAAAAUGGUGAAGGAAUGCCAAAUUACGAAAAUAACAACCUCCGGGGAACUUUGUACAUAACGUUCGAUGUGGAGUUCCCUAAAACCCAGCUGAGUGAUGCUGAAAAAGAAGACAUCAAAAAACUGCUAAAUCAGCCAUCCGUGAAUCGAGUGUACAACGGACUUCGAUUCUCUUAACUGCGCGGUCUGGACCGUUUGCAAUCCACAAGACUUUAGGAACACAUUUUCGUAAUGUAGAAUAAUUCGAUGAGAUGAUGGUUAGCAAAACUUGUUCGCUACUAUAGUUUGACGCUUGCGGAAACACGAGCAACAAUUACAGAUUGAGGCUUCUGCCUCAGAGAAUAAUCUAGCUAAAAAAUAGCAACGUUCAGCUUAACUUAUUCGUGCAAGCAUUUAGGUUUUGAAUGAAUUCCGAUAGUGAACGUGUAUUUGUGUUGUAUGGGUUGAAUGUAAAUAUGUGCUAUAGAUUAAACCAAUUGGAUUGAAAAUACAUCAAUAAUGAAUUAAAAUCGUGCUCA